UUGUAGGGACCUCAAAUCUGUGUGUGUGUGUGUGCGUGUGUGUGUGUGUGUGUGUGUGUGUGUGUGUGCGUGUGUGAACUAGCGUGCACAAGUACUACUGGCCUACUCAGCGGCGACUAUAGAUAGACAUCCUCUCUUUCUCUCUCUUCUCCUGUCUCUCUCUCUCUCUCGCUCACGUUCUCUCAGUGAUAAAGUAAUCAGUGUUGUGUGAUGAAGGUUGAAUGAUGUAUCUGGGUCACAGUGAUUGGCCUCUUUACUGGAGACUUCAGAAAGCAUCUCUCAGCACCUGACAGCUCUGCGUAUUCGAUACGAUAUCGGUACCUGAGUCAGCAGCAGUGACAGCUGCUCCAUCACAGACCCGCGGGGCGUCUCAAUUCACCUCCCCGCGCAAAUUAACACCGUUCAUCAUAAAAAGCAAUCACAUGAAGCCAAACCAUCCAUAAAUGUAAUUAUCCAACUGCAUUUGAAAUGCCCUAAUUAAACAUUGUCCUAACGAUACUGACUCACAAAUGUUGUUCGUUUAGAAUGGUCUGCAUUGUAAUGAUUUAUUUGCAACAUUAGCUUUGUACUCGACAUCUCGCAAGCGUUGUGAAAGGACCUUUGUGUGAUGAUUUUGCAAUGUUUUUUCCCAUGAAAAUCUAUCCAGCGAGAAAUACCGUUGUAGGCUUUUUAUUCAAAGCUGAGCUGUUUCAGAGACUGUAUAAAUUUACUACAGUACACUUCAAGUGAAAUCGAUGAAUGAACAGGUGUGACGUCAUUUCGAACAAAAUCAGGCAAAAAAAAUUCAAAACUGGAAACUUUUCAGAAACAUUUCCAGUUAAACACCUUCAGACUCCCAUUGGUCCGAUUGUGUAAUUAGGUGGGUGUGGCUCUGAGGCUCCGCCUUCUAUGACGAUGCAUUGAGGUUAGACGCAGAUAAAAACAUGAACACACUGGACAGCUGCUUUAGAAAUUAAAGUUGUAAUAUUAAUUGAAAGCAACAUUUGCACUGUUUUUCGUGUUUAAUCCUGUUUACAGCAAUCUUAUAAGCGCAUCCACCUUAUUUUGCAACGCAGAAAUGGAAUGUUCGCAAACAUAAUUUCAAAAUAUAUGCUUUUUUCAAACUACAUUUUUUAACCCUAAGCAAAGAACGAAAAAUAAUUUUCCAUAAGUAUAUCUGGGUUGUGAUAUGGAAGCUAGUUUCCACCACAAGAUAAAAAAAAAUAAAAAUUCAUGCAAUUCUAAAAAAAACUUUUGAAUUGAUGUAAACUCAGAAUUCUUUUUUUCUCGCAAUUCCAAAUUUACAUUUCGCAUUUGCAAGUUUAGUCUACAUCUCGCAAUUCUGAAUUUAUGUAGUUUUUUUUUUUUUUUUGUUCUGAGAUGGAAUAAAAAAAAUAAAGACGGUAAUUGCGAUUUUAUAUCUCUCAAUUCAGACUUUUUCUUGCAAUUCUGACUUUAUAUCUCACAAUUCAGUUUUUGUUUUUAUUUAUUUAUUUUUUACCGCCACAGAAUAAAAAAGGUCAUUUUCAAGGAUUAAAAGGAUUUUUGUUGUCACAUUUCUGACUUUUUCUCGCAAUUGCAAAUUUACAUCUCACAAUUCAGACUUUGUCUUGCAAUUCUGAAUUUAUAUCUCACAAUUCUGAGAACAUUCAGAGAAAAGUCAGAAUUGCCAGAAGAAAAAAAAAUAGCUAGAUACAAAAUCAGAAUUGGGAGGGAAAAAAAGUCAAAAUUACCUUCAUUUAAUUUUUUUAGCCUGUGGCAGAAACUUCCACGCUUCCAUACCUCAAGGAUGAAGAGAUGCACCAUUUAAAACCCCAUAUUCACACUUUAAAAAAAAAUUUUUUUUACAAAGGUGUGUUUUUGCAGUGAUGCCAUAGAAGAACCAUUUUUGGUUCUCAAACGAGCCCAUGCAAUGAACAGUUCCUAAAAGAACGUUUUAAAAAUCUAAAGAACCUUUUCUGCAUUUGAAAGGUUCCAUGGAUGUUCAAGGUUCUUCAUAGAACCAUUGAUGCCAAAAUAACUUUUAUUUUUAAUAGUGUUGGUCAACCAAGUUUUGUUUCUGGUUUAAGCCGCCGUUCUGCUCCCGCUGCGACUGUGUCAUUUUUUGGGAAGCUGUUGCUUUGACCUCCCCCCUCUGUUCCCAGUCGAGUCGCUCUCCUUCUAUCAGACCACACACACACACACACACACACACACACACUGCUCUCCCUCCCCGUCUCUCGUUCCCUCAGCAUCAUUCUGAGCUUCAUCUCCUCGGCUGGAAUCACACAAGAUGCAUCUGUAGAUUGAAAAAUCACUCUAUUGGAUUUUCUGUGGAUUUUCCCUGCACCGGAUCUUUGGAAAGAUGCUGGAAACGGACUGUGAACGGAGAUGGGAUGAGGGCUGUUAAAUCAACAUGUUGAGGAGGACAAACCGGACCUUAGUGAUGAGAAGUUAAGAAGCGGACACCCAUUCAGCCGCGCGUUUCGGAGCGCUUCAUGUCGUGAAUAACUGACGCUCCGUUAGGACUCUCGUUUUUGGACGGUCUCUGUGUUGUUAUGUGGUCUAAUUGUGCGGUUAUGUAACUCCUAAGUGCUUUCCGUGGUAGGAAAGACCGAGUCUAUCGGUAUCGCUCAUGCUCCGGUGCAUGCCUGCACGAGAGACGCGCGCGCGCUCGCUCCCUCGCGCCGGUGGUCUGCACCGUGAAUCUGCAACGAAUCUGCACGAUCGUCACCGGACCCGCGUCCCUCGCUCUCCCGUGAGAUGGCCGCGGCGAUCGCCAGCUCGCUCAUCCGACAGAAACGGCAGGCGCGCGAGUCAAACAGCGAACGAGCGGCGUCCGGUAAACGCCGCUCCAGCCCCGGUAAAGAGCCCACCGGCCGAGGCUCCCUGUGCGAGCGGCACCUGUUCGGACUCUUCGGUAAAGUCCGGUUCUGCAGCGGGAAAAAACGACCCGUGCGCCGGAAACCAGGUCAGUUCAUUCACACCUGUGCGCAGCGCCCUCAGUUGAAGGGGAUAGUGACCAGGCUCUUCAGUGAGCAGGGCUACUACUUGCAGAUGCAGCCGGACGGAAUCGUCAACGGGACCAAAGACGAAAACAGCGACUACACUCUGUUUAACCUGAUCCCGGUGGGUUUGCGGGUCGUGGCGAUACAGGGUGUGAAGGCCGGACUCUACGUGGCCAUGAAUGGAGAGGGUUUCCUUUACUCCUCGGAAGCGUUCACAGCGGAGUGUAAGUUUAAGGAGAGUGUGUUUGAGAAUUAUUAUGUGAUCUACUCGUCCACGAUGUACCGCCAGCAUGAGAGCGGACGCGCCUGGUUCCUCGGACUCAAUAAAGAAGGAAUCAUCAUGAAGGGAAACCGGGUCAAGAAAACUAAACCAUGUUCACACUUCGUGCCCAGACCCAUUGAAGUGUGUAUGUAUAAGGAGCCGUCGCUGCAUGAUAUCGACGAGAAGCAGCGGUCCAGGAAAAACUCAGGAACUCCCACUAUGGGCACCAGGAAAGAGUUGAACCAGGACUCUACCGAUCAUGAAGGCUCAUAGCCACAAACACACACACACACUGACCUGUAAAUGUACACACACACACUCACGCAUACACACACACACACACACACACACACACACGGUGACCCCUGGAGCUGAAUGCUUUCUUACACCCGAACAAACAACAGCAACUUCAGCAUCGACAAACGUCAACCGAAACAAAAAUUAACAAAGUAACAUGAAAAAAAAAAAAAACGUAUUUAAAAAAGCUGAAUUCUUGCCUGUGAAAAUAUUUUAGGAGUCUCUGAAAAUCAGGACAUGAUUUUACAUUUUAUGCAAAGUCCGGCAAGAGUCUGUUUGCGUCACGUGCUCGUGGAGACGCGUGAGGGUGUUUUCUUUCGGGAGUCUGAGCUUUAAAGCCAUGUUCGAUGAUCACACGUUGAUUUAUGAAUGCCAAAAGCACUUUCACUCACCGCUAUACGUCGCUCACCUCAUUAAUCUUGAAUGUUCUCAUCGAUUGUGUCCUCCAAUCAUUGCUCUGUUUUUUAAUUCUGGGUGGGAGGGGGAGGGGCUUGUGAAAACUGCUCUCUGAUUGGCUGGAGGGUUCAGGAAUUGCUCUGCUGAUAGGCUCUGACUGAAACGGAAGCAGAUCUGCUUCAUCUCAUUCCACUGUAUGAAUUGUCAUAUUUUCCACUUCUGUAGCAUUUUACUUUAAAUCCCCUCUUAUAAUGUUACUCGACGUUCAACAAUGUCAUUUUCCGCCGUCUCUGAAACAGGCUUGCUACUGUACCUUUAAGACUUGCAUAUGUAAAUGAACUGUUAUGAUUGGUGAACAUCAGCACACUGGUGUCGUUUAUAGGGGCGGGCCGCUGAAUAGGUGUUGAUAUGUAAAUGUGGGCGGUGGUUAUGUUAAUGAGCUUAUAGUUAUGAUGUCAUAAUCAUGACGAUUUCUGAGCCAAUAAUGGCAUUGCGAAUGUUAUCAACAUCGAACUCUUUCAUUUGAAAAGAGCGAGGAAAAAACUUUUUCCCGUGGUGUUUUGAAUGUACUCACAAUCUGAGAUUUUGCAUUCAGUAAACGGCAGCAUCUGCUCUCAUUUCACCGUACGCCUGUUUUAAACCGUUCUCUCCGAGAGAUCGGGGUUUUUUAUCCUGCCAAAAGCACAGACUGCCCUCGGAGUAACUAAACUGGACUAAACCACUUAAAACCAGAGAAUAUACUGCCCCGGCUUUCUUUCACUCAGUGUUUUUUUUUUUUAUUCACUCCUUGUUAAAACACAGGCUGUGUUCAGAAUGGAGUCCAUGGCGUACUGCUUACUGCAGAGUAUAUACUCAAUACUGCCUAAUAGCUUUUUAAAAAUAGUAGGUGAUACGCUUGCAAUGAUAAAUGUUCCAAACAAUAGUGUACUACAUUUUUUUUUUCUCACUAUGUUGCAUGUCUAAUUCAGCAGAUGUCUGAAAUUAAAUACGGUUGUUUUGCAUGUUUAAUCCAAUUUUGUGUAAGACAUCCAUUAAAAUAAUGAAAAAAAGUGUAGUUCAUUUUUCGCACUGUAAAUAGGUCGAAUGCAUUGCAUUGUGGGAUAGUGUUCUACUUGAACUUUGCAAGAUUGGCACUGUUAUUGAACUAGAUUAAAUUAGCGUCACUAAAUAACGACACUGUUGUCUACUGAAAUUAAUUUCAUAAUUGAUGCAUUUUGCAACAUUAAAGUGCCCCUAUUAUGGAUUUUUGAAAAUGAGCUUUCAUGCAGUGUGUAACACAGUGAACGAAAACAUCCUGCAAAGUUUUAAAUCUGAAAGUGCACCGUGUAUAAAGUUAUUGUCUCUCAAAAGAAAGAGUCGACUUUAAAACGAACGUCAACACGAAACAUUAGCAUAUUGCCCGCCCCCUUGUUGUGCCCGCAGACCUGGGAUAACUUGAUUUUCCCGUUGGUCUGAAUGAAAAUGCAAAUUCUUUCUUUGCCACUAGGUGCCGCUUUUGGAGCGUUAAAAGCUCACAAAUGCUGCUUUAAAUUAAAUCGACCAAUCACCGCAGAUUAGCGUCACACAAAGGAGGGGUUUGGAAAAAUUAAUCGUUGAGCGAAUCAUUUGGUAGUCGUUGAGCAAACAAGGUAAAAAUAAAUGCAUAUUGUUAGAAAAUGAAAGUGUUUUUGACCUUGCAUGCAUGUCAACCUGUUGUUGGGGACUCCCAAAACCAAAAUAUGAACCUUUCAUAACCCAUAAUAGGAGCACUUUAACAAUGUUAUUUUCUUGUUUGUUACUGUGAAGCUGCUUUGAAACGAUCUGUAUUGUAUAAAGCGCUGUAUAAAUAAGCCGCUCAGCUUUAGGUAAAUGCUCCUGCCAUGCAUAAGAACAUUUGCAUAUUGUGCACAGUAUGCAUUCUAUAUACUGAAGAAAUAGUGAGAUUAGUAUGCUGGGAUGACAUUCUGAACACAGCCAAGUUCCCUGAUUCAGCUCAGUAUGCUUCUGAUUGGUUACUGGAGUCCAGGUUCCUUCCCCUUUAAAUGUGAUCGACCUGUUCAUUGGUCAGAUCCAUCAACGUAAUGGCCAAUCAGCUGUCGGCUGGGUUUAUGAGAAGUCUUCCAUUAGUGGAGCUGCACCAGCAUCACCAAGAGGGGUCAAAGGUCAGGGUCCCGCUAGUGAAACGAGAGAGAAAACAAAAGGUCACGAACCGUACUACUAAAGAUGUCUGCCUGUUUUUCAUAGAAGAUGUUCUGAUUAUUGCCAUGCUGAAAUGAUCUUCUGCUGACUUGGGAAGUUCUUUUGUGUUUGCUGAUGUUUGCACCUUAAUUCUGAACACGUUCAUGUUCAUUAUGUAAAGAGUUCUGAAUAAAGCAUUAAACCUGCCACAGGACGAAAAUAUCAUUUAAAAAUAAUAAUAAUAAAAAAAAAGGAUUAAACUCUGGUCUGGUUUCAGUGUUU